AUGAAGAAUCAAACAUAUUUGUGGGUUCUGGUGGGCAUCUUUCUCAUGCUGACUCAGACUGGAGUUGGUGAGUGUUGGAGCGAUGCAAAGCAAACCCAUAACAUUUGUUCUCCACAAUAUCAAGAAGAGUCUGAGAAUUUGCUCUCAUAUGCAUCUUGCUAAGUCAUCUCUUACAAUGGCCGCCCAACAGUGACUCAAGGACAACACGCAGACUUGACCUGUGAGCUCAUAGAGACAGACGAGGAGCUCAUCCAGAUCUCAUGGCAGAAGAGUACCAGGGGUUACCGUGCCAACCACAACUUCUUCAUCAUCACCCCAACCUAUGGUCCAUCACAUGUCAAAGGGCGGGGGGACAGGGUGGGCUUCAUUGGGAACACCACAGCACUGGUGGGCUCUAUCCGACUGGGGGAUGUGUCCCUGACUGAUGAGGGUGUCUACACCUGCAUCUUCACUGUGUUCCCCAGUGGGCCAUACAUGACAGAGAUCCACCUCAAUGUCCAAAGUAAGAGGUUAUUUAUGAUGUGUUUCCCCAAUGGAAUGAGUAGUUUGAUACAAUUAUGUUAAGGGUGUUCCUUUACCUGCUAUCCAAGGGUUAGGUUUUAAAGUAUAUAAAGACAUACAUUCAUAUUAAGUCAAUGUGUUUAUUGUGUUUUUUCCCAAUAGUUCCUCCUGUGAUUUCGGUUGCUGUGGAGACUCCACCCGUGGUUGCUGAGGGGCAGGAGAGCAUCUUGGCCACAUGCACAGCGGCUAACGCCAAGCCCCCUGCAGAGGUAACAGUGGAGCACGGCCAGUGCAAGACUACCACUGAGUCUGACAACCUCAACCAACACUACACCUGA